GUACAAAUAUGCAGACAGUUAUAUCCCAUUAACUAUAGGUUUUAUUUGGUCCAAAAUAUUAUUUUAUUUUCAUUAUUUUAAUAGUCCAAGACUAAUUUUGGAAAAUCCAAACUAUUAAAUUUUACUCUGUUCAAAACACACUAUGCAUUCAGUCUAGAAUCAACACUGUUGCAUUGUGUUCUCAAAUCAAGGGAAUUUCAUAAGGGUCAGGUCAUGUUGUCACAUUUCUAUUAUUGUCACACAGGUUUCGUGUCUUUACAGUGUGUACAGAGUAAUAGUUUGUACAGGUGUGUGUUUAUGGCAGUGCAUUGAAUAAAUAGCUGUGGGAAGGGGGUUUAAAGUUCAUCUCUCAUUCAGACUGGGCUGGAAAAACCUUUUUGGUAUUAGAGAUACUGUAGUUUUUAGUUUAUUCAGAGUAUUUUAUAUUUAUUUUAGUUUACAUUUCAGUAUUUAGAGCUAGAUAUAUUUUAAAAAUGUUUAACAUUGUUACAUUUCUCAAGGCCAUGAAGUGAUGUGUCAAAACUAAUGCAACUUUUGAUCUUGGUUUUUAUUUGACUUUUUACACUUUACAAUAAGGUUGCAUUUGUUAACGUCAGUUAAUUACAUUAGUUAACACAAACUAAAAAAGCAAGAAUUGUUAGGUCAUUUCCACAUUUCCACUACAUAUUUAAAUUUUUUCUCGUAACCUUCAACUUUAAGUUAAUGCACAAUGAACACGUGCAACCAGUAAACAAUUAUAUUAGGAUAUAUGUUAUUACAAUAUGCUCUCUUUGAUAGUUCAUGUUUGCUCAUUAAAUAAUGUUACGAUUGAGACCUUAAGUGUUACCCAAUUAGGGGUUUUUUUGUUCAUGUUUUUGAAUUUUUUUGACCUGGCUUUUCUCUUUAUCCUGAAUCUGAUAGGGUAACAUAGUAACUAUUUUGAUCUUUUUCUUUCGCUUACUCUAUCAAAUUCAUAAAGGGGUCAGGUGGAAACAAAUCCUCAAUUACAAGCGAUUAUAUAGAGCACCAGUACAACCAAAACCCAAACGGCUCGGUCCAGUUUACUGCAGGUCGCAUGACUUACAUCGUGGACUUCACUGCCAUGACUCAAACCAACCUGUCCACACACAUGAACAGAAAAGUUAGAAGGCGGCCGAAAUUCAACUCAAUAGUAACAGUCAACAGCAGUUCUCUCUCUGUGACCCCAACAAAUUCAUCUACUGAAUGCAUCUGGGAGUUUAUGGGCGAUGAAGGCAUCUGGACUGAGUAUCAGAAACCAGGAUGUUCACUGGAUAGUCCAGAAGUGGAGAGAUUGUAUCAGCUUAAUCCUCAGUCCCAGGUUUCAUUCACUGCUGGCCGACAAAUUUAUACACUUGAUUUUAGUGGAAUGCAUCAAGUGAAUAAGAAAUAUGGUACAAAAAGACACGUGAGGAGAAUAGCGUGUGAAGCCCAGCAAACAAACAGUCAAUUCUCACAAGCUUGCUGGCAGUUCAAAGACAUGGACGGCAACUGGAAGAAUUAUAGUAAAGGUGGUUCUCGGGGUCAUUGCAGUGUAUCUAGUCAAGAUAUCGAGGCUCAGUACCAGUUGGAUACCGUCAAAAUGAGCUUCAGGGCGGGCAGAUUCAACUAUGAGCUUAACUUCUCAGACAUGACCCAGACAAAUCUGUCCACUAACACCAGAAGAUCUGUACGUCGCAUUGAGCAGUGACCUCACCUGCCAGUUCUUAAUUAUUACUGUUUACUUACAUUUUUAUGUGCAUUUCUCAGGUAGACAACUGCCUUAUAGCCAUUCUCAACCUCUACUGCCCCGAUGCACUAUGUUUUUUCAGCAUUAUAAAACAGAUAUCUCUGAUCCUUUAUGCUGGAUUGUUGAUAGCUGUGUAUAAAGUAUAAACUUUUUUCAAGUGCAUUAUCUAAAUAACUGAGUGUGCCAAUUGCUAUUCCUUAUGGUGGAUUUGUUUAACUCAAAAUGCAUUUUAUAAAUAAUUCCAAAUUAUAAGUAAUUAAUUAUAUGUCAAGAUAUGUGAUAUAUAUCACAGAAAUAUUUAUGCGGUCACAAUAAGCCAUGGGGGAGUUUUUUUCCACUAUUUGUUUCAUAAAAAAUGAUGAUGUGGAAAAUAAUAGGCUUAACAGGGUAUAUAUAUUUGUUAUAAAUAAAUAAAAUCAUUUUGAAAGACUGUGACAUUUAUUUGAUGGUGAUGGCGGUGGAUGUAUUGUAUUAGUAAAAUAAUUGGAUACAAAUUUGUACUACUUCUGUAAACAGUGUUUUCAAACUGGGUAUGGAUCCAGAGGGCCACGGAUUUUGUGGCAUUUUAUGAAAUAUAGAAAUUUGAUGUUUCAGCAUUGUAUAACUGAAUAUGUGUUUGAAAGUCUUAUUUGGGGGCUGCAAAACUGAUGCAUUCUACACAAAUGGGGCCUUACAAGGAAAAGGUUUGAGAACUGUCAUAUGAUACACUACAACACAAAAUUUUAACACAAAGAAGUUAUGUAUGAAGGCAAGUGUUACCCUUGAAAUAAUAAAUUUAUUUGAUUGCAAAAAUCACCAUCUUACCAACAAUCUAGUUCACAUUUUUUAAAUUAAAACAAUCCCACAUUAUCAUUUUAACCUACAAUAACUGCAUGUAGUGCAACACUCAUACAGUUAGUCAUUUUUUACAAUCUCCAUCAUAGACCUCUUAUUGCACAACUCUCAACAUAAGGCCUCUUAUUCAUAAGACCAGGAAAAGUGUUCCCUUUAAAUAAAACCUAUCUGGAUAUUAAACAUCCUCUUCAUGAAAAUGAUUCGCUUACAACAGUUUUUAAAAAACGGUAAGUGGCAGUUCACCUUCAUAUACUGUACACAUCAUUCAUGUGGUCGUAGAAAUCCGCAUUUUGGAGACCUGCCGUGUCGCAGCUAUCCAUUUGGUCAUGAUAUGGAAUAUAUUCAAUUGGUCACCAGACUGAUCUCCUCAACAGAAAACUUCAGAGGUGCAAACGCUAACAUACAAAACAAGAGACUGAAUGUGGCGCCACUGUUUGAUCAGUAACUUUCCAUAAAACACAACAUUACGGAAUAUAUAACUGGGAACACUGGGAAGGAAGUAACAGUAGAAAGCAGACAAACACAUCAAGCCUUUUUUAUGAUAAAGGAGCACAGCCACUUUGUGUACUUGUAAAGCCAUUUGUACUUCUGCAUAUUUCAAUUCAAUACACAUGUCGUUCAAAACCUGUAUAUGACUCUUCUGGAACACAAAAGGAGAUAAAUUGAGAGAUGUCACGGUGGUUUUGUGUCCAUACAUUGGAAGUCAAUAGGGGCCAAUGUUGUUUGGUAACCAACGGCCUUCAAAAUAUCUUCUUUUGUGUUCUGCAGAAAAAUAAUUUUUGGGUGAACUAUCCGUUUAAGAAUUAUUUUUACAUUACUGUAAUGCAAAAUGAUACUUGCAACAGUUCAAUAGGUUCAGUUGCAAGUAUCAUUGUAUUGUAUGCAGAUAUUAUGACUUCCAUUGUUACAUUAUAGCAAUGAGAAUCUGAAGUGGUAUACUUCAUUGUAAUUACAAAAACAUCAUAAAAGUCAUGAAAACAGCUUUUGCUUUAAGAAAAAUUAUAUACAAUCAUUAUUUCAUCCAGGAAUGGUUUUACGAAUUUGUUCCACUCAUGUUUCAUAAAUGAAGCUCGUGAAUUCUGUUCAACAUCCGCCAUUACUGGCUAAUGAAGCACAAACUCUUUUGAAAGAACUGACAACAUCCCAACACGACAAACCCUACAGUUUCCAGCUCGAUUACAUUUAGUGCAACUACAAUAUGCCAGUGUCCUCAUUUUGAGACUUCUCCUCAGUGUAUCAAAGUAUAUAUCAGUAUGAAACUCAAACAAUAUCACCGGUUACGGUAUAUACACAAAGAAUACAUUACAGAUCUGUCGCUUGUCACUUUUAGCUCAGAGUUGGGAGAAAAACUGAGAGACUUUCAGCAAAAACAGCUUGGAAGUUGGUUCAUUCUGGCGAGGGGUAAACGUGACACUCCAGCAAAAACGAAAUGAAACCAAAAGUGCUCGAGUUUGACGCUACCAUCUAAAAUUGGCCUUCUCUUUUAAGCUUUGAUUUAUUUUUCUUUCUAAAGGUUAAGAUGACCGACCGUGUGAAUACAAAUCUUCCACUGACUAAAGCAACUAUCGACAGAAGAGCCCAAACGUCUCGCUUCUUAAAGGGAUAGUUCACCGAAAAAUGAAAAUUCUGCCAUCAUUUACUCGCCCUCAGAUUGUUCUAAACCUGUAUACAUGUCUUUGUUCUGCUAAACACAAAGGAAGAUAUUUGUAAGAAUGUCGGUAACUAAACAGAUCUCAUCCCUCAUUGACUCCCAUUGUGUUUAUUUUCCCUACCAUGGCAGUAAAUGGGGGAUGAGAUCUGUUGGAUACUGACAUU